UCCAGCAUUUUGAUUAGCAGAGAGCCUUAAAGUCAGUGGAAGGGAGGAAGGGGGGAAAAAAGUGGAAGAAAGACAGUCGGAGGGAACUAUCAGAAGCAUGCUAAUGAGGUGAAGUCAUCCGCCGAGGAAGACACCGGAGAGAGCCUUCCUUCCUUGCAAAAGGCGGCGGAGAAGUGGCCGGACCUGUCCAAGGAUGGGCACAGGUGGGCUCCCGUCCGGAAAUGGGACUCGCCUUCAUGGAGCAUCUCCAAAAGCCACACGUCGGUGCUUUCCAAACCAGUGAUCCAGGCCCCUGUGCUGGACCAGCAACGCUUUUCCCCAUCCCCAAAAGAGUCUUUAAAGGGAGGAAUAAGAAAGCCAAGGAAUAAGAGAAGAGGAAGGCGAAAUUUGUAAACAAAACGUUGGAUAAAGCGAAAAUGCUUUCUCUCUUGGAAGGAACAGUCGCUUGCCGGGUGGAUUAUGGAAUCGAUUGUAAGGAGAACUCGCCGGUUUGAAGUUUUGCUUCUACAGUUUUUUUGGAGGGGAAAGAUCUAUUUUUGGAGACGUCCGAAAGCGGCGCACCUUUGGUUUCCAUACAGUGAAAAAUGAGAGGAAAUAGCGGCACUUGCCAAGGUUAACUGCUUACAGGUAAAAGAGAUUUGAUCGGGAUGCAAAGACUUCUAUGGGGAAAUCCCUCUUUCUGCUUCAUCAAGGAAAUAGACCAGGAAGAUUGCUAAACCGCCGGCUGGGAUUGUAUGCCUUUUGCUGCUCUCUCUAAAAGGAGAAAAAAGGACCCCUUGUAUCCUCUAGAUAGAAACUCAAUCCGGAUCCACAUCGCAUCUAUCAUGAGCCAAGAAAUCCAUCUUUCGUGGAGGGUUAAGCUGGGACCCAGCUGGAGCUGAGUGACGGAAGCUUUCCAAGGUCUGACGUGGGAUUAUGAGAUGGGCCUUUGCUGUGCUUCAGAUGUCCGGACUGCUCCAUAGCUGGGAUGGAUCCAGGGGUUGCCCAGGUGGCUGAAGUCCCUCCUUGCCGCCUGAGGACAAGCCGCGAUGACGUGGAGCACGGAGGCCUUUCAUGCUGAUGAUCCGAGGGGAGCGGGUCCUUUGUAGGCCUGUCCCCUCGCACCAUGAUGGGAGAGACUCAGCAUGCCUUUGCCACCGAAGGUGCCGGGUCCGAUGCCCAAGACAAAGAGGUCGCCUUUGAGCCAUUCGGCAAGAAAGAAGUGGCCGAAUUUGACACCAAGUUGCUGGACGCCGGGGCCGAGAAUGGGUCCAGAUUUACUAAGGAGAAAGAGUUGCACAAUCAAAGGGAAGCGGUGAUCCGGCCCCAACAAACGGGCAAAAUAGACUUCAAGUCUCUCCAAAACCGGCCUCGUUUUCCCAAUGAGGGUCCAUGGGGCGCGGUCAAAGGAAGCCCCCAGUCUCCCACCGGAAAGAGCCGAGGGAAGGAGAAGAACAGGCGGUCUGGCAAAGGCGAACGUGGCCACCAGCAGCUUUACCGGCUGACUAUCAAUAGUGCCAGGCCCAACCCGACCAUCGGCAUUGCCUACCCGCAGCAGAAGGUCACUCCACCCAAGAAAGUCGAGGCAGUGGGCCGCGGAGGACACCUUUCGGGGAGCUACCGCUUCCAUGUCCCCAGUCUCCCGGAAAGAGAUGGGGAGCUCCAACAUUCAGAAGAGCUCGGCUUUGCCCGGGGCUUCGCCGACAGCCCCUCAAGCCAUAUCUCCAGCAACUAUACCUCACCUGCCAAGAUCCAGGCUCCGGUUGGUGCUCCUCAUGAAAACCACGGCACCAACGGGCAUUAUUUGGAGUUCCAGGGCAAUGGGAACAGCGCGUGGUCGCUGGCAGAGAAAAGCCUCCCCGGUACUAGCGGCGGGGUCUUGCCUCCCAAAGUGUGCCCUUUCCCUGAUGGUGGCAAAGCGAGCGCCCACUGCCUGGGACCCUUGUCCUUCCAAUACCCCUUCCAGACUUUGCACAGCUCGCCCACUGACCCUUUCCAAGGGGAGGCCCGGGCUCAGGACUAUGUUGACGUUUCCGUGGUUUCACAUGGUGCUUUUGCCUUCCAUUCUUCCUCCCGGGACUGGAAAGAGGAGGCUCUGGGCAAUGGGGAUGGUGUGGCUUUGGAGAGCCGGGCCUACACUGUGUCCACUGCUCCUCUGCCUCAGUUCCUCCCACCGCAGACUCAUGGGCCUUUGCCUAUCUACAAAGGGAGGCAUGAACAUUCCACAGAUCACAACGGUGCUAUCUCUCCCCCUGGUGCUAUCGACCCCAACCCAAGCACUUUCCCAGAAAACCCAGCCAUUUUCCCACCCAGUUUACAUAUCUCGAGUAUGCCAAAGCCCCUUGGGAUGAGGCAGCCCUUGUCGAAAGACAGCGUAGCUAGUCCAAGGAUACUGGAUCCAGGGAGCACUCUGAGAAGGAACACGCCACAUGUCUCUCCACCCCAAGUGCACUUUCAGAACAAGGCCUACGGCGACCCAGCCGCAAAUGGCAUCGGAUCACUGCCUUUUGAUAAGAGCCUCCCUACAGCUCUCCAGGCCCACCCCAGGCUCCUGCAGCCGUGGGAGGGGGUCAAAAAGACUUAUUCCUCAGUGGAGCCAAGUUCGGCUGUGUACCUGAGCUCUGCAGGUAGUCCUCUUGCCAUUGGUUGCCAUGAACCAAGGCUCAAGAAGACCUGGCAGCAUCUCCAACUCACCUCUGCAAUGGCCAGCCAGAACCGAAUUGAGCUGUCAAGGAAGCUGGCCAGCCAGAAGUUGCCUUUCCCGACUUCGGAGUGGGGUGGGAAGGGGCAGAAGAGCCCCACGGAUUAUGCCACCAAAGCUUUACAGAGCGGAGAAGGAGCUGUCAUACCCAGGCAUGAUUUGCUUCCACAGCCAUGCAACUCAGCCAAUGUGUUUUGCUUCGAAGGGGCAAAGGACGAGUCGCCAGCUGCGUAUGGUUCUCGGACCACCAAGUCAAUUUUCUUCAGCGUCAGCCAAGGGGUGCCCUCAUCUGCUUCCUCUCGGCUGCCUUCUAUCCCGGGUUUGGUGUUGCCGCCGUCAGCCUUGGCUGUGUCCCCAAGCGAAUCUCCACUCCCGUCGCCCGCACCCAACGCCACCAGCAGCAGCAGCACUUGCUCCUCACUCUCACCGACGUCCAGCAGCCCAAAUAGCUUUGAAGAGGGCUUCACGCUGAACCCAUCCUCCUUCUUCCACCACCAGUGUGGUGCAAAGGAAGGCAACAAACCCUUUCAAGCCAUGGAGCCGCCAAGCUCUGCCCCCUUCCCCUUCUCCCCAGAAGCCUCAAAGGAUGAGCUCCUUUACAAAAGCGCUUCUGCAGAGGGACAUUUCCCCAAGCCCAGCCUGGAGGCUUUCAAAGGCUGCCUGGAGGCAUUUGAGGCCGAGCUGCCUCCGCCGCCGUAUUCCUCCUCGCAUCACCUCCUGGCCAGCUCCCUGAGCAGUGCGAGCCUCGACCAGCUGGAUGUCUUCUUGACCUGCAAACAGUGCGACCAAAACUUCAGCAACCUCUCCUCCUUCUUGGAGCACCGGCAGUUCUGCAGUUCGCACACCACCCUCCACCAGAGUCAAGCCAAAGACCCUUCUCGGGGGCUGGAAACUAGGAAGCAACACAAUGGGGCCCCGGGGCCCGUAAAACACACCCAAGCUGGCCUAGGUCUGCUGCUGCCUCCGGAUCCCCAUGCCCAACUGCUUGCCUUGAACAAAGGAGAUGAUUUCCUGGUGGAUGGAGAGGUCAAAGGGGAUGCUAAGGAUGACCUUCUCAAAGGGAACCAGCUCAGCGGAGUAGCCCCCAACCCUUUGCCACUGAGCGCUUCCGACCUGGAGAUCGAUGACGCCAAGCUGGACAGUUUGAUCACCGAAGCAUUGAAUGGGCUGGGAUACCAAUCAGAUAACCCUGAAAUUGACAGCAGCUUCAUCGAUGUCUUUGCCGAUGAAGAACUGGCUCACGGAGGGACACCUUCCAAGACCAAGGAGGGCUUCUCUUUGGGGCUGAAAGCAAAGCAAGUGGAGGAGAAUGGGAAAACCUUGAGCGAGGAAAAUGAGAAUCAUCCUAUUGGAGACCCAGGAAAGGGUAAGAUAUCAGGACAUCAAGAACAAAGUGAGGUCUGGUUUCCGAUUCAUGGAGGGGAAAAUCCUGAGUUGGCUUCUGGUAGGUUCAUGGACCAAGCAAAGCACCAGACAGAAGAUGUUGAUGCCCAGUCGAAGAUAAGAAGGAAGAACUGCAGCCAUUCCUUCGUUGCCAAGAAAGCGGCAGCCAAAGCUGUGCCAGAGGUGAAGCAAUCCAAGGCUCGAGGAUCUUCUCUGGGGAGUGAACCUGGGCCGGUUGACACUUCCAUCACAAAAGAGCUCAAGAAGCAGAAGCAACGGAGCAACACCUGGAGCAAAGAGCUCAUCCAUAAGAUUGUGGAGCAGAAGAACAAGCUCCACAAACUGCACACAAAGAGCAGCAAAGUCACAUCUCUUCCCUGUGUACCUGAUCACAUGCUUCCAGAAGCCAAGAACAGUAAGUUUGUUGAGUACGAAUACAUCUCAGAGUCAGACGAGGAAAGAGUGGAAUACGCCAAACGACACUGCAGGAGGAAGCUGGGCUCCAGAUUGAAGGGCAGGCUGAGAAGCAGCUUCAGCCGGAAGCGGCAAGGGAGAGGAGGAAGGGAGAUGGAGAAGGAGCCUGUGUGGAGAUGUGGACUGAAAAGAGACAGGGGAGAAGAUCCGCAAAGGGCCUCAAGCAAGGAGCCUGGAAAGGCAGAGCAUGGCAUGGAUAGAGCCAGGAGGAGGAGCAGCCGGUCUUCCUCAAGCAGCUGCCAGGCCACCAGUUUGACCAGUGAAACCAGCGACAGCCCCAAGAACACAGAGAAGGCAGAUUCGGACACAGAAAAUGAACAGCAAAAGAGGGUCCUGCAGAAUUCCAAGCAGAGAAAACUGUUGGAUGUUCCAGAGAAAGAAGCAAUAGGAAGAAGCCGUAGGAUGUCCACUGACUUGUCCAGAGACUUAGAAAGUGUUGACUCUCCCAAGGUUCAGCUGGCAGAUGUCAAGGCGUACCAAAGGGAUGUUUCAGCCCUUGCUCUAAAUGGAGAGGAAGGCCUGCUCCAGAUGGCUUCCAGCAAGGCCAUCCAUGGCAAGGGCUCAGCGAUGCCUUUCAGUCCCGAAGCUACAGAACAAUGCCUCAAGGGCACCAGACAUGACAGUGAUGAGCCAAUGCAGAAAGACAGGGAGCAAUGCAGGCUACAAGGAGCUCCUCGCUGCCCUCCAUUCACUGCCUAUAAUGGAGAGACGUUGAAAUAUCAGACAGAAGAAUUCCUCAACCCAUCCUCCAUUGGGACCCAAACCCUCCCCAAUGAGGAGAAUGCCAGCUAUGAGCAAGUAGACGUGAAGUGUUUGAAGAAACAGGAGUUCAUUGCUUCCAUUGGAUGUUUCAGUGGCAAUUCCUGUGAUGCAGGGACAGUUGAAAAAGGAAGGCCAAAGAUGCUUGUUGAUGCUGCUGAAAAGUUUUAUGGCUGCAAAGAAUUGCCUGGUAGCUAUGAGUCCUCAGGUCUCUUUUCGCCACCUCCUGCCGCUGAAUCGUCCCAGAACAGCAAUGCAUAUUUCUGCCAUGAAGACAUUGCAUUCAAGCAGAAACACCAUGAGAUCCUGCCUUAUGAAGUAGAGAAUGAAGAAGGAAAGAUGUCUUCUCCUCUGAGCUUUGAUUCUUCUUCGGUGUUUGUUGCCGAGUUUGACGCCACCUUAUAUGAUGGCAUGGCAUCAAGCAAGGACAGUUAUGUCCCCUUUGAAUGUGCCGGCCACCCUCUGGGCAAAAUUGAUCAGCACUAUCCCUCCUUCCUGCAUGAAAAGGACUGGAGUUUGAUGGAGGACAUAUCCCCCGUUUUGCCGGAAGAAAUCACCCCAUUUCAUGGCCUCUCUGUUGAAAAGCCCAUCGCAAAGCAGUAUCUCAGUGAGCUCCACCAAACACCUUUGCCUGAAAGGAUUAUGGAUUACAACAUCGUGCCAUUCAUGAGCAGCAUCUCAGAUGAUGAGCUGGAGAUCAAAAGAUUAGUUACAGAGCUGGAAAGUCAGCUGCAAACACGUAAACUUCACAUGGAGGAGGCAUCUAGAGAAGGACCUGAAAUCUCCAAAGACCAUCCUGGCACAGAACGGAGUGAAGCUGACCACCAGUUUUUACCCCUGACGUUGGACCAGGAGAGUGAUGACAAGGGGCUGUUCCUGACGGAAGAUGGGUUUGGGAGUGCGAACCUUGUUCCUGCAAAAAGCUGUGGCUGUGAAACUUCCGAAAGCGAGAAAACAUUACUUUCCUCUUUCGAUGGCAAAUAUGGGUCCCAUGCAAACCCAUGGGAUCAUCCAGUGCCAUUUGGUCCUUUGCACUUGGCACCAUCUGCUCCAGAGCUGAUUUUGGUGGAGCCCCUGAACACCAAAAGAGACCGAGAUAAAACCCAUGAAGAUCUAAAGGAUGGUGAAAUCUCUGUGGGAAAUGGCUUUCAGGAUUUCAGGGAUACGUCUGGCCAAAUCUUGCUGGAUUCAUCCCUCCCAGGCAUAGCCAUGGAGGUCCCAAGCUACACAAGUCACUUGAUGCAAAGCCCUGACACGUUCUUCCCUAAAGCUCUGGUGACUUUGCCACCAAGGACAGAGGCUUUUCCAGAACUGCUGCCUAAGGAGGAAGCAUUCAAUAGCAUUGCCAAGUUGGAAUCAUACCAGCUUCCAGGUUCGAAAUCAGAAUCUGAGCUAGAGGUCAUGGAGGCCGAAGGUGACUUGUCUUCCGGAGUCCAAAGCAUCGAGGAAUCAGAUGAGACUGGGCCUUCCUUUCCCAAAUCCAACUCACCCAAAAUGCGAGACAUCACAGCAUGCUUCCAAAAGAGUCAGGAUGAUUCUGUGCUUCCAGAAAAAGCAACAGAGAGUGAAAACCAAAGUGUUUGCCAGUCUCCAGCUGUGCCCGACAUAGCCAAUGAUGGGGAAAACUCGACUUUUGAAGCACUGGCUCAUUCCAAGGAGACAAAUAGGAAAAUAGAAGAAUAUGAGCCAGCUUUGCAAGAAAAGGCAGAUAAUCCGCUGCAGCAGCUGCAGUUGUUUGUGGCCCGAACAGUAAAAAACAACGAGGAAGACCUGCUUGCACCCUGUUUCUCCAUCCUCAGUUCAACCACCCACCUGCUUCCAAGCACCUACAUCCAAGCAAGACAGAAAGAGGAAUUGCAAGACAACAUGCAAAGUGAAGACGUAACCGGAAGCCCUAUGGUGGACAAAAGGAAGAGGUCACUGGGAGAAGAACCAGAGAGUGUCACCAAGGGACCGGAUCCACCUGAACUUGUUUGGGAACAAGGCAAGCUAAUGGGGCAUUUGGACCAAAGAAUUUCCUAUGCAACCACCAAAGCUGUGACACAGAGCCCUGGAUGUGAUUUUGCAGAGGGAGAGCUGGAGCAGAAGGAGCGGCACUUCGAAGAUGAGCGUUCAGAGGAAGGUGACAUCAAUACCUGCACAGAUGGCGUUUCCCCGGAGCACAAUAACCUUUCGCCACUCGGCAACCGAGGGGUAACCUCAUCACUCAUGGAUGAGGGAAAACAAGGGGGUCGGGUUACUGGUGAGAUGGAGGAAGAUUCGGAAAAAGCAACCUUGGCAUUUAGGAACCACAAAAGCCCUGGAUCUUUGGAGAAAGAAACAACAGACUGUGCUUUGACGGCUAUGCUCACUGUGCACAGCCCUUCUUGGGACAAAGGCUGCAGCGAGGGUCAAGAGAACGCCUGCCAGGCAGAAAACAAUGGAGAGGAGCCUCCAGAAGGACAGCUGACGACUGAACUUCCUGAGUUUGAGGACACUGGUCUCCAGCAUGGGACCAAAUUCUGCUCAGGAAGCACCCCAGUUUUAGCAGAAGACCAUAGCCUGAAGAAGAAGCAUGCCAUCCCCUUUGGGAAUACAUGCCUGAAUUGUUUCUCCUCCACUGCUGGCCUUAUGGAUCCAAAGGACUUGCACAGAAAUAACAUGGAAAGCAUGGCAUCCAAUGAGGUUGAAAUGCCACCAUCUGAAGAACUUCACAGCAAGAUUCUUGCAUGCAGGUACUCCUCUCAUACUGAGAAAACUCUUGCUGGGGAUCCUGUGCAGAGGGAACAAAGUGGAGUUCCACCAUUCACUACUGAGCAUUAUGGGACCACUUCACCUCAGGCAUUGCAGCCAUGCCAUGUGAAAGAUACAACCUUGGACUCGCCUGGAUCUCAGAAGGGCACCACCAUGCCUUUGGUUUCAUCUCCAAGCUCCAUUGAUCUGGCUUCUCUCAUAGAAACCGAAAGAGCCAUGGAACUACACAUGGACCACUACAAGCCAUCCAAUGUGCUGCCUUUGAAAAAUAAGGAUCUCCCUUGUUCAGAAGAGGAACCAAAUUGCCAAGAAGAUUGCGAGACAUGCCCUUUGAGGGAUGCCAUCAUUCCUUUGCAGGCUUCAUCCCAUCAAGUCAUUGCAUUUGGUCAGUCUCCAUCCAAGGCUGAUUCUGCUCUGCCUGUGGACUCAAGGCCUAAGGAAAAUACAGAGUCCAUAUUGAAACCCCAAGAAGAAAAGGAGGAUGAAAUCUAUUUGCAGGCAGAUCAAACUCAGUUGGAAGUCAGCAAGGCUGAUAUCCAAGAGAUGUCAAUAGUCCACAUUCCAGAAACAACUAACAAAGAUGGGAGUCAUUUUAAUGAUGGCCAGAUUUUAGAGACAGAAAAGAACAUUUCACAGAAUGGUUUGCGAGGCAUAGACAGUGGAGGUCAUGAUUUGGAGAAGGAAGAUGAUAAACAAACUGAGAAUGCAGUAGAGCCUUCUGGCUUUGUGGAGCAAGAAAAGCACCAGAGAGGAAGGCUAGGAGAUAUUUCUAAGACUGGGACAGAGACAACAAAGAAAGGAAAAGGCUCACCAGCGAUCUGCGAUAUUUGUUCUGUCUCUUUUAGGUCCAAAACUGGCUUGAUGAGACACAAAACUGUGAAGCACCUGAGUAAAACGGAGGGUGCCUUGUUGCCAGCUCCUGUUCCUUUGGAAAAAGAAUUAAAAAUGAGCAAGAAAAACAGAAGGCUCUCCAUCAAAGAGAAAGCAUGCGACUCUCCCACUGCAAAAGCAGCCGCUGGUCAGCCUUUCCCAAAGUCCUACAGGAAUCAAAGAUGGAAACCCAAGAGAGAGACCCAAGGGGUUGUUGUUAACAAAGGCCUCAGUGACCUCAAUGGGGCUUCAUCAGGCUUGGCUUGUGAACUCCAGGAUACAGGUAGUCCCAGUAAAGAAAGAGAAGGUGAACUGGACCCCAGAAAAGAAGCAAAUGCAGGAGAAAAAGAAAGAGAAGCAAGAAUGGAAAAGCAAGAAAGUUUUUCUGAGGAGAAAGUAAAGGGGAAGGCAAGGAAAGUCAAAGCAAAAGGACUUACAAACCAAAAGACAUUGACUCAAAAUUCCCAACUGGAGAUAGAAAUCCCAGCACUUGGAUCUGAUGUGGUUCCCAGCACCACUGACCUUAUUUUGACUGCUUCCACCAUCAAGGAAGACCUGGAAGACAGUCCCAUCUCAACAGAGCAGUCCACUUCCCUGCCUUGUCCUUCAAGAGUCAAGGAAUUGGAAGAUGUUGAGGAAAGGACAUCUUCUGCCAAAGAAACAAUGGAGGAGAACCUUUUUCAGGGUGUGGAGAACACAAAAGAACAGGCAAAAGAUCCAGAUGGGAAAGAGUGUGUGGAGGAGAGUUGUCAAUCUGGGUCCACUAAAGAAUCUGAGGAAGAGUCCAGUCCUAGUGAAGGCACAAGUGGGAAAGAACUUGAGAUGAAGGAGAACCUUUUGGAGGAGAUGAUAGACAGGAAUCCAAAUAGUCCUUUGGGACGUGCACUCAAGGGACCACAACAGCCCUGUCAGGUUGGAGCAACUGAGAAGAACUUUCUCAAAGAAGCGUCCGGUGCUGGAGCUCCUUGUUUGGAAGAUCCUCAGCCUUGGAGCACAGAAGAGUUUCCACCAAAGAACGAGUCUCAGGACAGGAGCAGCGUGGGGCCAGACCUUUUUGAUGAUGACUUCACAUUUUCGCAGCUUUUCCCCAGGCAUGACCAGUUUGCUCACAGAAAGUGCCGACGGGUGUAUGGAAAGAGGAUCAAGAAACCCAAACCCAUUGCAGAGGUGACCACCAGGCCAGAAGGGACGAUGGACCUCUUUUCCAUUCGGAUGGCUUCGGAUCUUGGAGAAACCAGUUCUUUUUGUGUCACCAGGGAGGAUCCAUGUGAGUAUGACUCCAUCUACGUCGAUGAUGCCUUGAUGCUCAACGUGUGUAACAGUAGCAAACCAAUGAUAAGUGAUAUCACAUCUGGGUCAACCAAAAGAAUGGCUGGACUAAGGGAUGAAGUCACAGAGUUGGAGAAUGGUGGGAUGCUAAGCCUUCUGUGUCAGAAGAGCCCAACAAGUGAUCUUCCAAGCUUGGGGAGCUGGACCAGUCUGGAGAAGAAGGGAGACAAUGUUCCUGCUGAUGAAUCAUCCCUCAACCCAUCCAUGGAGCUCACUGAUGGACACUUAACUGUUGGAGACAGUCCAGAACCUCCCAAUCUUGAGGAAGAACCCUAUGAAACCAGAAUAAAUGAAAACCCAUGCUCCCCUGUAUUGCACACCAUCGAUAUGGAGACACCAAACACUAAAUAUGAAAUGAGGGAGGUGUGCUUCUACAGUGUUGGGGAAGAUCAUCAUAGUUGCACAGAUGACGAAUGCACCUUAGGGUCUAAGCCAGCCUCAGUCCCCCAAGGUAGGCCCAGCAAAAAUAAGCUAGAAGAAGGUAAGCAGGGGAAAAGUCGCAGCGACUUGAACCUCAAGUCAAAAGAUAAGCAGUACAAGUGCAAGGUCUGCUUCCAGUGGUUCCUGACCUUAGGAGAGCUGGACUUCCACAAGCUCAGCCACAACCCUUCCCCGCCACCAACCUGCUACAUGUGCGUCCAGAGGAAGUUCAGCUCCAGGGAGCAGCUGAGGGACCAUUUGAAGGAGAAGCAUGCCAAGAACAAGGCUGGCCUGUGGGCCUGUGGGAUGUGCCUGAAGGAGAUCUCCGACGUCUGGAUGUACAACGAACAUCUCAGAGAGCACGCCACUCAGUUUGCCCGGAAGGGCCAAGCUCAGAAGUCGGUCUUGGGAUUGCCCGACUGCUUUGGUGAAGAGGACCCUGCCAUUGCCCAGUUCUUGAACUCCAUCAUGUGCCGGAAGCCCAGCAAGGCCUCCAAGAACCCAGAAGUCCAGAUUUGCAAGGAGAGGAAAGGCCCCAAGGAGCCCAUGGGGCAAGAAGCAACAACGGUCAACAAGGACUCCCUGGAAAUCCCAUGCAGAACGAAGCCACCAGUUGCCUCCCCCAAAGCACCCACGGCCCCUUCUCCCAACCCUGCCCCUAAAGUGGAGGUGACUCCGAAGCUGGCCCCCAUGCACCCUGAAUGCAAGGACCCCUCUCGGGACUGCCAUCACUGCGGGAAGCAGUUCCCCAAGCCCUUCAAGCUCCAGCGGCACCUGGUGGUUCACAGCUUGCAGAAGAUCUACCUGUGCCACAAGUGUCCCAUGUUCUACCAGGAGACCAAAGAGCUCCGGAGCCAUCUCAGCCAGGAGCAUUGGGCGGCGGAGGAGGCGGACAUCAAGCACACCACACUCUAUGCCUGUGAGCUCUGUGCCGACGUCAUGCACGUCAUCAAGAAGUCCUUCAUCUGCAGCACCUGCAACUACACCUUCUCCAAGAAGGAGCAGUACGACCGGCACAUGGAGAAACACCUAGUGGGCAGCAGCAAGACAUUCCGGUUCCGAGGAGUGAUGCGGCCAGGGGCCUUGGCGAAGGAGGGGAACAAGGCUGCGAAACAGGAGGCACCCCACAAGGAAGAGGUUCCACUGGCCAAAAAGAAGAAGGUGGGCCACCAUAACAGCUCACUUGCACCUGGCUCACCCUCGCAUUGCACCCAAGAUCUCCAACUGGAAGGUGAAACUCUACUGCCUCUUGGACCUCUUAGUAGGCAUCACUCCACAACAACAUCUCCACCUGAGACAUCAAUGAAAACAGAAGGCCUCUUGGGCAAUUUUUCCAACCUCUUGACUGAAACAAAGAAGUUCCUCUUUGAGGAUCUGCCUCCUGAUGCUUCUCUUGUGUCCCAGGAUGAACUAAGUAACCCAGAAGGGCUUGGACAUGCCUCUUCACUUUCUGAAGGACAGCAGUCCAAAAUAGACACUGUCACAGAUGAUCUCUCUCCUGCCUUUGAGUCUUCUGAUGCAGUUCGUCUUGAUCUCACAAGCUCAGCCCAAAAGAAAACAGCAGCAGCACAAAAGCUAUCUCAUCCCACUGAAAAGCACAGCAAAGAACCAGCAGAAAAAACCACCUUUAAUGCAGAAGAUGCCAUGGAGAUUUGGGAGAACCUGCAUGGAGAAGGCCCCUCUGUAAGCAAAAAGGCAACUGCAUUUUCUCCUGCUUUAGAGAGCAAGAAGGAGCCUAAAACAAGGUGUCAUGUCAGCCUGAACCCCAGUGAAGCAAAACCUCAGGAAAGUGUUGUCAAGCCACAUUUAUCUGAAGCUACCUUCCAAGCAUUGCCUCUGAAGGACAAGACAGCAUCACCUGUCCAAAACCAGAGUCCUUCAAAAAAGGUCCCCCUAAGUGAGAAUCCAUCCAGUGUGCAGUGUCCCCUGGAUGAGGAAGAUGAGGGUAAGAAACCCCCAUAUCUUAGAGACAAAGCUACAAGAGAUAUCUCUGCCGCUUACUCAAGGGACAAUUGCUCCAGUGUUGGCAUGAAAGAGGCAGGGAACAAGGUUGUCCGAAGCGAGGUGGGCAAACUCGGCCACUCUGACUUGGGCAAAUGUCAGGAAAGACUGGCAAAACCUCACCCCAAGAAGCGGAAAGACCAUAAGGCCAUGCACAAGGCCGGCUCUCGGGAGAACAUCGAAGGCGAUGGUGGGAAGAAGAAGAAAGCACGGACCCAGGACAAUGGUGGUGGAGAUGGUGACCUCAAAAGGCCUGAGUGGCCAAAUGGCGAAGGCUUGGCCUUGACUUCCCGACGGGGGGAUGCCCAUUGCAACAAACUGUCCUCUAAGUUGAAGAUGUCCAUGGCGGGUGGCGGGCAGCUCAAGAAGACGGUGCUGGAGCCCUGCUUCCCAAAGAAGGCCAAUGGAGAUGUGAAGCGGAAGAAGGACAUCCUGGGCAGCAAAGCUUUCCACCCGCUGUUGGGCAAGGAGCCCUCGGGCCACCAUUUCCACCGGCAGAGAGCUAUCCAAGGUGCUAAGCUGUCUGACUCUCACAAUUACCGGACGGCGGAAUCCCAGAACAAUCUCCUAAGCCAACUGUUUGGGCAGAAAUUAACUAGCUUUAAAAUUCCUUUAAGAAGAGAUCCUUCUGAGUAAUUUAUGAAAGUGACUUAUGGUGAUCCUUUCGCUGCUUUCAUGGGGGUUUUGCAAGAGAGUCCGCAAAUUAUCAAAGCCUUAAAUUCGUUUGUCUUCGCGUCGUUUCCCUCUGUCUAGCUUAAAACGGACUUGCACUGCCGCCUCUGAAAUAGUUUUUUUUUCCUUUUCCCUUUUUUGCUUUUGUGUCGUACUAAUCUACUUUAAUUCACCUGAUUUAUCAUGCAAAUGCGGGAACUUUGAUGUUGCGGAUGAUUUCCAUGAACUCAAAGCUGUAAUCGCUUUGGGCAGAGCGAAGGCGUCAAGAGGGAAGGCUUUCAUGGGAGAAGUGCUGAGGUUAGAUGGAGACGCACAAAUCCCGGUCCCCUCCUUCUUCCUUUUUUUUGCAAACUGCGUCUCUGUUAUCUUUGUACAAAGUACUUGAAGAGAUCAGUUUCAUUCCAGAGACGUCUUAUUCAUAAGGUGCAGCACACUGUAGAAAGCAUUCCUCCCCCCCUUUUUUUCUUUAAUUUCCCCUCUUUUUGAAGAUUUUGCACAAAUAAUCCUGGACGAUUUCAUUUAAUUGGGAAGCGGCCUAAGACAUGGUACAAUUUAAGGUGGAGGGGGGAAUUAAAUUAAAGAGCAAGCCACGGUUUUCCCCCCUUGUGCGGAAAGCGAUCGCCUUUUAUUAUUUAGACCACUGUAGAGAGGGAUUGUGAUGUUUAUUUUAUAUAGAAAGAGAGAGAGAGAUCUAUGUGCUCCCUUUCCUCUAACUUGGCUAAACUGCACCUUGAAGAUUAAUAACAUUGCUUCUUCUUGUUGUUUUAAUUGUUAAUGUGUUUGUAUUUUCCAUUGAGAAAACUGUGCCAACUUACGAGGGGCUUGAUUAAAGAUUUCCCCUGACCCACUUCCUGUGGACUGAGAGCAAUAAAGCUUGACCCAGUUCUGAGUCCUUCUCUCCAUGGGUGCCACCUCAGGACACACACUUCUCCCAUCUUUUGAAGCAACGGUCAACACCUUGCUUGUAGAAGUCGACAGGUUGCUCCAAAAGCCACGUUGUGACUUUGGAAACCAGAGUCUCAUCACCUGAGAAAUGCUUGCCCUUCAAUAAUAACUUCCUUGUUGGAAAGAGGUGAAGGACCAGUGGUGUGAGGUCGGGUGAAUAAGUGGGAUGUAGGAGAAUGUCAAAGCCACAAAAGCAUGCUUCUUCCAUUUGGGCAAUGUGAGUUGCGAACUGGUGCAUUGUCUUGUAGAAGGCAGACACCUUUCGGGAGCAUGCUGCAUUGUCUCUUGGUUUUGAUGGCCUCUCGCAAUUUUGGCAGCAGUGAAGCCUAGUAUGUGCCAGUGAUUGUGGUCCCCUGUGCUAGGAAAUCUAUCAAUCCUACUCCGUGCGGGUCCUGUGAGCCUGACCUUGCCUGGUGAGAGUUGGGCACGUGCCUUCUUUGGAGGCGGUGAGUCAGGAUGCUUCCAUUUCAUCCACUGGGCUUUAGUCUCAGGAUCAGAGGGAUGGACCCAGCUUUCCCCCUGUGUGAUCAGUCUCUUAAAAAAGUCCUCCUGGUUUCCAUGACACAUCAUUGUCAAGAGAGCCUGAGAGGAUUUGACUCGUUCCUGCCUCUGGAAAGGUGUGAGCAGCCGGAGGACCCAGCAAGCAGAUAUCUUAUACAUGUGAAGAUGCUCUUGGGUGAUUUUUUUUCCACGGACCCCACAUUUUGACAUUUUGGCCUAGGUGGUGAAUGGUUAUGCGCUGAUUUUCCAAAAUGGCAACCUCCACUUGCUGGAUGGUAUGUUGAUCAAUAGUAGAGUGGGGUGGCCCUGGAGUUGGAGCUGUUUGCACUGAAGUCCAACCACAUUGGAAUGGACGAUGCCACUUCUUGACUCCAUCAUAUGAUGGGGAAUCAUCCCCAUAAACCUCUUUAAUCUCAUCAGACGUCUCCUUUGGUGUGUGGCCUUUCAAGGAAAGGGACUUGAGGACUGCUCUGUCUUUCACUGGCUCAAUUCUCAAACCUCACACCACUUCAGCACCUGUAGUAAAAUCAAGACCGUUAUCUAUUCUGAAUUGCAAAUUGGCAUGCAACCUAUAGAGAUUUCUAUCAUUCCACAUGUACAGUUUCAGUGUCCUGUGAUAAAUAGAAGUGGGUCAGGGGAAAUCUUUAAUGAACGCCACUCGUACCACCCCUCCAGACAGUACUGUGUUCCAAAGAGCUGUAAUAUAUUAUUUUGUAAAACCGACAGCGACAACAACCCAAAAACCCUACGACUCUUACUGUAUUUGAAGUAGACCUGGUACGGGCUUUUUACCCUUCUGCAGUUAACUGGUGCUAUUUUUAUUUUCGUAAAUGUGAAUGGAAACAUGUGUACACUCACAACACACAAAAAGGAGUUGCAAAGGGGAGACCGAGUGAAUAUUUUGCAUGGAGAAACAAAAAACCUAGUGGGUUUUUUGUUUGAGGUCUUGGACAGAGGUGACAUCUUGAAUCUCAGGUGCAAAAAAAAAAAUUACAAGGAAGAUUCGGAGGCAAAAUCGGCCAUGGUUUUCCAAAGCCCCGGGGAAGGAAGAGGACAAUGCACUGAAGGGGAGAAAGGGGCAUGCGCUGAGUUUGUUUGUGCCGUGUGUGUGUCUUGCAAAACAAUAUUGUUUUGUGUGUUCAGAUUUUUUAUUAUUAAAAAAAGGAAUUAAAUGGCUUUAUCAUUCUAAA